AUGAAUGAGCAGAACUGGAAAGUCUGUGUUCCCUGCAAUCUGAAACCAGUGAUGAUGCGUGGUAUAAAAUCACAUGCCAUGGUUUUGGCUCCUUCUGAUGAGGAUCAUACUAGGGUUGAGUUGGUUGAGCCACCGGUGGAUGCAGCCGUGGGGGAGAGGGUGACCUUUACUGGGCACUCUGGUGAGCCUGAGGCUUCUCUCAGUGGCAAGAGCAAGGUGUGGGAGAAGCUAGUCGCUGACCUGCAUAGCACUGGCGAGCUUGUGGCCUGCUACAAAGAUGUCCCUUAG